AUGUCCUUCUUCAUUAUGGCCGUCGGUAACGGAGUAGUAUCCGGUUGUGCGGGACUACCUGGCUGUCAAAUUCAGUUUGUUGUGAAGGGAUGGGCGGUGGCAGCAGCAUUCUACUUCCUGUCUGGUCUACUCUAUCUACUCGACAUGGGACUGGUAUUCGCUAAGAGAGACAAUGCUGAACGACCGGAUGUGGUGAUGACGGGCAACCGACGUCUGAGGUCCACACGUUAA